CUAAAAUUUUAUUUCAAGAAAGGAGAAAAGCCCUAGAAAAAUCAAAUCAAAAGAGGGACACAUAAAAAAGGGAACUUUUACACAAAUUUAGUAAAAUAAGGCAACGUACAAGAAUCUAUCAAUAAGGUCUUAUUACAUUACAGUUGGAAGUUUUUCAUUUUGCCCUUCAGCCGCCAAAUUCCAAAAAAACUUCCCUCUCAUCAAUCAAUAACGUGGGUCCCACCAUAAAAAAAAUGGACCCACCCUACUGAAAAUGCAACUCCCACAACACAAAUUUGGAGAAAUAAAGAUCCCAUUUUUAUUUGCUAUUCCACCAUUUUUCUUGUUCUUUGGUUCUUGUAAAUCUUCUAGAUCUUCCCACUUGUGUGUGUGUUUGUGUGUUUUUUGUUGACCCUUUUCACUGUUAGAUUUGCUCAUGUGAUGUUUAUUUGAAUCUUGGUUUUUUCUUGCUCAAUGGUUGACUUUUCAUAGUAAUGAAGAAUCUUGAUCUGGGAUUUUUUUAUUUUUUUUAUUUUUUUGGUUUAUUUACAAAUUAGUGAACUGGGAUUUUUGAAGAAAUAGUAGAAACUGAGAUAUGAUAUGUUAGGAUCAGAAAUGAAUCUUAUUACAACAAUAAUCGGAUUUGCUAUGAGUGCAACUUUCAUCGUAUUCGUCUGCACUAGGCUUAUUUGUGGGAGGCUCCGUCGAAUCGAAGCUCAGCAGCAAAUGUUGGAUAUCAACUCAAGAAUUGAUCUUGAGCUGCCGGAGAAUGUUAUUAACGGUCUCGAACCAGUUGUAGUAGCUGCAAUUCCUACAAUGAAGUUCCACCGCGAAGCAUUUAGUUCAAUGGAAGACGCACAAUGUAGCAUAUGUUUGUCAGAGUACGAAGAGAGAGAAACGCUGAGAAUAAUGCCGAUAUGCGGACACAGUUUUCAUCUCUCUUGCAUCGAUAUUUGGCUUAGGAAACAGUCCACCUGUCCGGUUUGCCGUCUUUCGCUACAAACCUCGGUCGAAACGAAAAACGCGCAAUCAGCAUCACUUUCUACACUUCGGUCUUUUGAUAGCUCGGAAAUCAGAAUCGAGCAUUCUCAACAAUGGCUUCUCCCUAUUUCUUCACACGUAGAGGCUAACGAAAGCAAUCAAGUUCACGUUGAUUCAAUUUCCGUUGAAAUCGAGUCUGCUAUUUACAGAGAAUCACCGUUAAGAAGGUCAUCAUAAUGAUAGAAAUUACCCUCUUAAAUUUUUUCUUUUUCGUAAUUUUUAUUUUUUAUUUUGCUUGUAGUGAUUUAGAGUAAGAGGAUCGAUAUUUUUUCUUUUUAAAGUUUGAAUUUCGUCAUGAAGAAGGGAUCGUAGACGGUGGUACAUACAUACGUAUAUGAAAUACGCGCGGAUUGCGGUUUUUCUUUUUUUCCUUGCAUCAAUUUGUUGGUUUUUUUAUGUAGAAUUUGGAUGGGAUCUAUCUUACGAUGAUUAUGAAGAUUAUUUGAACAUCGGAAUUUUUCU